UCUGUAGUUUCUUCCAAGGAGUUGGUGGAGACCUGCUGUGAGACAGGGGAGAAGUGGGCCUCAGCCAAAGGCCACUGCAGCAACAUGGAGCUCCCCAGAGAGGACAGACACUCCAUCUGUCGGUAAGCCCACGGAGACACACUAAACACAAGUUCUAAGAAGCCCAAUUUUUGUGUAGUAAUUACUAAUUGGUAGGGACCAGAGUUUUUGUCAUGUGGUAAGAAAAAACUGAGGCUCCUACUUAGUUAUAGAGUGUGUUGUAAAUGUCAGCUUUGCUGCUUUCACUAUGCCAAUGAGGGAUGGUCUGACUGCCAAGUUUGUUUCUGCUUCAGCCAACUUGUUGUUGACGGCAAGCCAACUAUGCAUUAGUUUAGUUUUGAGCCUACUUGUAAAAUAUGAUCAUCUUAUAAAUGGCAUCUUAAGUGAUUUCGCUUCGUGGACCCAUGUCAUUAUUGUAUGGCAUGAUUCAACGAAAGUUCUAUUUGUGGUUGAUGUGUUAAAAAUGAAGUGAAUGAGAUCACUAUCUAUUUACAAUUUGUGCUAAUAUGAAAACGAUACAAUUUACAGGCCCUCACACUCCUUUUGGAAAUGAUAUUAUAUUGCACAGCAUACUAGUGUGAAUGUUUGCCCUAAUAGACUUCCAAUUUGGUUCCAUAACAUUUCCAGAUUAUGCUAGUUUUGGCCAGAGGGAGGCACAGCUAGCCAACACACUGCUAGUGUAGAACCACAGUUAGGUCUAGGUACAGUCAAAACACUGACUCAGAUUCUAACAUCUCUCCUGUGUGUCUCUCUCUCUGCCAGGACGGCUCAGAGACAGUGCUGUCUGGGCUCUCUGAAGGAGAGUCGCUGUUUCUCUGGUAUGAAUGCAGCCAGAGAGGGAGUUGUGUGUGAGGUGGACAACAAUGACCAGUGUGGAGCCGACUCCUUCAAGGUAAAUGUGGUUCCCAUGGGUUGGUUGGUUGGUGGAUGGUGGUGCUAGCUGUAACCCCUGAGUUGUGGGUUUGAUUCCCACAUAGGCCACAUUCCAUAUAGUGAGUAAUGUUCUGUUGUUCUUGCCACAACCAACUCCUACCUCUUUUCUAACACUGAAUAUACAGUAUAUGCUUGGAUUUGGAUGAAAGCGUUGGUUAAAUGGCCAUAUAUUUUAUGUUACCUUAUUCUCUGAUCUGUUGACAGAGCCGACAGAAUUUGCGGGGGCAGUCCCCAGAAAUUAUUUAAGGUCAAACAUAGCCUACCUAGAAUUAAUUUAAAUCAAACCAAAUGCAUCUACAAGACAUGAAUAGCCACAGUUUCAUGGAUUAAACGUACAGAGACAACUGUAAAAGCAGUUAAAAGAAAACCUCACUUCAGAUUUCCACUGGCCAUAGUCAUUGCCAGUGAAGACCACACCAAUCAGGAGGACCGUGAUUCAAUUACCUCUUAUUCAAUUUAGACAACUCAGAGAGGGAGGACCAUGUUUGUGGUCAAGGUUCCCACAGAUUUAUGAGGUUCACGGUGAAAUGAGGCUGCAGUACUGCAGGAUAUGUCUCAAGCUGUUUUCACCAUCCUCCCUAGAUCAAUAGCUUCGACUCGCCGGUAUUUUGAAAGCAGUGAUAUUUGAUAUUUCUGGAAAAAUUUAGCUAUGUAGCUCAAGGUCUGUUAUUGAUGUCAGUGAGAGUCAAAUCAUUGUGAUGUAGUGUGGAGUUGUAGUGUAUUAGCCCAGAUUUCCAGAACCAUUCAUCUGCCAUCAGACCUGUCUUCCAGGAAGUACUCAGAGCGCCCAGAACAGUAGGGGGCCAUUAUAUACUCAAGGCCUUGGCCUAAUGUUAAAUAUUGUCUUUCACCUCCCCACCAUGGGAUCUACAUAACUCAAGUCAUAUAAUACUUCUGUACAGCCACUCUAUAUCACAGUGGUCACUAUUUCAGUUGUAUGUUUCGCUCUCCUCCAUGUAGCCUGAACGAUAUCCUGCUGAGAGUGAAGAGAGAGGAAGAGAGACACAUGAUGUGGUAGAUAUGGUAGUCUGAUGUUGAAUCUGUCCACCCUACAGGAGUGUUGUAGCUGCUGCUCUCUGGGGCUGAGGUUCCGUAGCGAGGGCCACCGCUGUGAGGCCCAUAAGUACCUGGGCUACCCCUGCAGCCACGUCUUCCUCACCUGCUGUGAGGGAGAGGAGGAGGUGGCGAGAGAAGAGGGGGAUGAGGGGGAGGGGGAGGGAGACGGCUUGCACACCCUCAGAGAGAGGCCUGUCCUGGACCCGACCGCAGUGCCAAAGAGAGGUAGUGUCACAUACCCGCACACGCACACACACUACGCACACCACUGUCCUGCCAACACACUACGCACACCACUGUCCUGCCAACACACUACACACACCACUGUCCUGCCAACACACUACACACACCACUGUCCUGCCAACACACUACACACACCACUGUCCUGCCAACACACUACACACACCACUGUCCUGCCAACACACUACGCACACCACUGUCCUGCCAACACACUACGCACACCACUGUCCUGCCAACACACUACACACACCACUGUCCUGCCAACACACUACACACACCACUGUCCUGCCAACACACUACGCACACCACUGUCCUGCCAACACACUACACACACCACUGUCCUGCCAACUCCACUACACACACCACUGUCCUGCCAACACACUACACACACCACUGUCCUGCCAACACACUACACACACCACUGUCCUGUCAAAGAAAGGCACAGAGUUAAACAAAAGAAAGCCUUUUUUACUCUACCCCUCCUUACUAAAGAGAGGCUUUGUAGUGGAAUCUCCCCACUUUGUGCACCCCACUGCCCUGCCAGAGUGAGGAUGGGAACUACUAUAGACCCCUCUAUGAGAGAUACAAAUAAAAUGAAAUAAAAUGUUAUUUGUCACGCGCCGAAUACAACAGGUGUAGACCUUACUGUGAAAUGCUUACUUACAAGCCCUUAACCAACAAUGCAGUUUUAACAAAUGAGAUGCAGUUUCUGUUCUGUAUUCUCUUGUAUCCAACUGCCUUGGUUAAAUUCUGCUUUACUUGACUCUAUUCUACUGUACAACAUAGAGGUUAGGCUAUUAGUGACAGCCCUCUCUCCUUGUCCUGUAGUGUCAGACAGUCUGUUCCCUAAAGAGGCCUUCUCCAUCGGGGAGGAGGAGGAGCAGGAGAGGGAGAACACGGUGGAGGGCCCGCUGGAGGUGGAGGAUGUAGAUGAGUGCCAGGUUUACCAGGGAACACUAUGCCACCACAGGUGUAUCAACACCCCUGGCUCCUUCAGGUGUGCCUGCUACCCUGGCUAUGUGCUGCAGAAGGACGCAGUCAGCUGUGUGCCAGGUAAAGGAAAACUACUCUGAGGUUGUUCGAGUAUGUCAGACCAUGCACUGUACUGUACAGUACUCCACGAUACUAUAUGUGCAAGACCACAUAGCUAGUAGCCUGGUUGCCUGUCUGUUUGGGCCUUGAAUAACGGCACACAGUUGCCUUAAUUGGCAAUACAAGUUGGAUGAAGUGGAAAAACUGAUUGGCACCCAGGCUAAUAACUAAAGUAUAGAACAGUUAUGUUUAAUUACAUAAAACCAGUGAAGGAUGACUGAUUCCAGAGUGUAGUAGCUUUGUGCCAAACCAUUUUCCACAGCCACUCUCUCAACAGUAUGAUUAACAGCAUUCUGUGUUUUCAGACUCCUGCCAGACUAUCUGUCUAUAUUUGUCCACACUUUGACAGCAUAUGAUUUUCCUGCUCUGGCCUGAACGUUGCUUCCUGCCUACUGUCUCUGAUUCAGAAUGAUCAUUGUUAUCCAGAUCUCAUUUUUUUUCUUCUUUUUGGUACUUUUUACCUCCUUUUUCUCCCCAAUUGGUAGUUACAGUCUUGUUUCAUCGGACUCGGGAGAGGCGAAGGUCGAGAGCCAUGCGUCCUCCGAAACAUGACCCCGCCAAGCCGCACUGCUUCUUGACACACUGCCCGCUUACACCGAAAGCCAGCCGCACCAAUGUGUCUGAGGAAACACCGUACAGCUGGCGACCCAAGUCAGCGUGCAGUCGCUAGAGCGCGAUUGGACAAGGACAUCCCAGCCGGCCAAACCCUCCCCUAACCCGGACGACGCUGGGCCAAUUGUGCGCCGCCUCAUGGGUCCCCCGGUCACGGCCGGUUGCGACACAGCCCGGGAUCAAACCCGGAUCUGUAGUAACGCCUCUAGCACUGAUCAGUGCCUUCAGGAGGCCCCCAGAUCUCAUACUGUUUUGAUAAAGCCUCUUUUCACAGUUAUCACAACAGUAGCCUAUAUACAUUUAGACAAGUAAAGACAGUAUGUUCAGGUAUUUCCAACCUACUGUACUGUAGGCUACUGUAAGUGUGCCAUACAUUUAUCGAAUGAGGCUUUCACCAGCACAAGCCUGUCUCAACAGGAAUCUAAUGCGAGACCUACUUUACAGAAAGGUGCAGUGAGUCUGCAUGCUGAUAAAAACGCAGGUUUGUCUGCAGGCCAUGCCUUUUCCUGUCGUACCUCAACUCUCUCUCUAAGGGAACUUUCAUCUGUGCCCUGUUGCUGCCUAGCCUCAUAUCUGUGGAUGAAUUGAAGGCAUUUCACAGCUUUCUCUUUAACCACCAAGACAGGAUGACUGGGCGGUUUGUUGGUUAUACUGUUUAAUUAGUAUUUUCCGUGAUGAGUUUAUUCCUGUUUUCACAGAGACGGUAGAUGAAGAGAACAAGUUGAGAGAGGAUGACAGACCAGAGGUUGAGGCUACCUCAACUGCACCCCCCACCACUCCAACCUCUGUUAACCCCUGUGAGGGUGGGUAGAACCUGACUGUAGGCCAGAGUGGUGCUUAUCUACUGUAGACCUGGCAGACCACAAUGUCUACUGUGUUUUCAUACCUUAAAAUCAGUCAUUAGUCUUGAUAGAAGAACCCAAAUGCAUGUCUGGAAUCAGUGUGUGGAAGUAGUCCCAUUAUUAUGGUGCGCCAGCAUUAGAGGAACCAUUAUGGAACAGCAUAUUAGGUACAGAAUAGAAACCAAUUAGGUCCCCUAAGAGAGCCCAAAGACCAUAAGGUUUUCAGUUAUGCACCCUUCUGGUAUAAUUCAUGUCACAUUCCUUCACAUGACAGAUGUUUCCUCCUUCAGUUAAAUACUUUAACCGCCUUUGUCCAUUUUAGUUAUGUUUGACCCAUUGUACUUUUAAAUGUCACAUAUAAGUUUUAAGAUUGCAUCAAAGGCCAUGAAGCUCCUGUGUGUAUUGAGAAGUAUCCAGCCAUCCCCAUGUAGUUCAGCAUAGUAUAUGUAGUGGGGGUCUCCUCAGGGUGUGUGUGUUUGGCUCCAUAAUUCCAGGGUGGGGUCCCGUCCCAGUGGGCCGCAGGAGGAAAUUCAAUAUGAUCAGGUCAGGGGUCAAAGUGGAAACAGGAAAUUAGUACACAGGGAUAUAGUAAAUCACACAGAGGUUAUAUAACACACAUGCAGGGCCAGGGACUGGCCCCCUGUGACUUAUGUCACCCUGACUACUGUUGUGUUGUGGUGUGUUUUGGUGUGAUGUUGAGCUGUGUUGUGACCCUCUGAGCAGGAAAUGGCCCCUGUAUGCAACAGUGCUCCCCAGUGGCUGGAAGGCCUGGCUGCUCCUGUUUCCCUGGGUUCUCUCUGAUGGCUGAUGGACAAUCCUGUGAUGGUAAAAAAAAAAAAGACACACACACACACAUGCACAGAGGGCACACCAGUUCAGUAUUUCAGCAGUUCCAGUCUGGCAGAGUCUCUGAAUGGCUGUCACUGACUCCGGUCUCUCUUCAGUUUCCCCCCAGUGCCCCCGGAGCAGUGCAGAGCUGCUCUCUGUGUACCAGAUUAGCAAUGGUCAUCGUAAUUGUUUAAAGGUCUUAAAAACUAUUCUAAUAAAUGCAACAGUUGGACAAUGAACAAAGAUACUCCAAACGUUUUGAUUAAAUAAAAUAAAAAACAUUGAACUGGCACGGACAUAAUUAAUGGAAUUCAGGUAUUACAUUUAUUGAAAAAUGUCAAAUUUUUUCUUAAAAUGCACUCAUAUACAUUUUCUUAGUAUAUCAGGUAUUUUUUUAUUAUACUGAACAAAAAUAUAAACGCUACAUGCAACAAUUUCAAUGAUUUUACUGAGUUACAGUUCAUAUAAGGAAAUCAGUAAAUUGAAAUAAAUUCAUUAGGCCCUAAUCUAUGGAUUUCACAUGAAUGUGCACGGGUGCAGCCAUGGCUGGGCCUGGGAGGGCAAGCCCACCCGCUUGGGAGCCAUGCCCACCCACUGGGGAGCCAGGCCCAGACAAUCAGAAUGAGUUUUUCCCCACAAAAGGGAUUUAUUACAGACAGAAAUACUCCUCAGUUUCAUCAGCUUUCCGGGUGGCUGGUCUCAGGCGAUCGCGCAGCUGAAGAAGCUGGAUGUGGAGGUCCUGGGCUGGCCUGAUUACACGUGGUCUGCGGUUGCCAAAUUCUCUCAAAUGACGUUGGAGGCGGCUUAUGGUAGAGAAAUGAACAUUCAAUUCUCUAGCAACAGCUCUGGUGGACAUUCCUGCAGUCAGCAUGCCAAUUGCACGCUCCUUCAAAACGUGAGACAUCUGUGGCAUUGUGUUGUGUGACAAAACUGCACAUUUUAAAGUGGCCUUUUAUUAUCCCAAGCACAAGGUGCACCUGUGUUAUGAUUAUGCUGUUUAAUCAGCUUCUUGAUAUGCCACACCUGUCCGGUGGAUGGAUUAUCUUGGCAAAGGAGAAAUGCUCACUAACAGAGAUGUAAACAAAUGUAUGCACAACAUUUGAGAGAAAUAAGCUUUUUGUGCAUAUGGAAAAUGUAUUGGAUCUUUUAUUUCAGCUCAUGAAACCAAUACCUUAUAUGUUGCGUUAAUAGGACAGCUCAUAAUAAUGGCUGGAACGGAGCGAAUGGAAUGGUAGCAAACACAUGGAAACCAUUUGUUUGAUGUAUUUGAUACCAUUCCACUUAUUCUGCUCUAGCCAUUACCUGUGCCACCAACCUCCUGUGACUUUAAAAUAAAAUUUGCCUUAUUUGCAUAUACACUGGGUGUAUUUGCAUAUAAGAAUAAAUUAAUAUAAAGGAGUGGAACUGGGCUGCAACCACCUAAAACUUGGCCUACCUGCACUCUACUACCUCGCUAAUUAUUAAUUACCGUUAUUAUCACGUUCUCUUGCCUAAUUCAACAAGUGUGUCAAGAGAAGGAUACCCAUGUGAUUUAAAAUCAAAACACUUGGCUCUAGAUUACACCUAUCUAUACGUACUUUACAUUGUUUGAGAGAUCAGACAUACAGUUGAAGUCUGAAGUUUACAUACACCUUAGCCAAAUACAUUUAAACUCAGUUUUUCACAAUUCCUGACAUUUAAUCCUAGUAAAAAUUCCCUGUCUUAGGUCAGUUAGGAUCACCACUUUAUUUUAAAGAAUUUGAAAUGUCAGAAUAAUAGUAGAGAGAAUUAUUUAUUUCAGCUUUUAUUUAUUUCAUCACAUUCCCAGUGGGUCAGAAGUUUACAUACACUCAAUUAGUAUUUGGUAGCAUUGCCUUUAAAUUGUUUAACUUGGGUCAAACGUUUCGGGUAGCCUUCCACAAGCUUCCCACAAUAAGUUGGGUGAAUUUUGGCCCAUUCCUCCUGACAGAGCUGGUGUAACUGAGUCAGGUUUGUAGGCCUCCUUGCUCGCACACGCUUUUUCAGUUCUGCCCACAAAUGUUCUAUAGGAUUGAGGUCAGGGCUUUGUGAUGGCCACUCCAAUACCUUGACUUUGUUGUCCUUAAGCCAUUUUGCCACAACUUUGGAAGUGUGCUUGGGGUCAUUGUCCAUUUGGAAGACCCAUUUGCGACCAAGCUUUAACUCCCUGACUGAUGUCUUGAGAUGUUGCUUCAAUAUAUCCACAUAAUUUUCCUUCCUCAUGAUGCCAUCUAUUUUGUGAAGUGCACCAGUCCCUCCUGCAGCAAAGCACCCCCACAGCAUGAUGCUGCCACCCCCGUGCUUUCUCCUUCCUGAGCGGUAUGACGGCUGCGUGGUCCCAUGGUGUUUAUACUUGCGUACUGUUGUUUGUACAGAUGAACGUGGUACCUUCAGACAUUUGGAAAUAGCUCCGAAGGAUGAACAAGACUUGUGGAGGUCUACAAUUUUUUUUCUGAGGUCUUGGCUGAUUUCUUUUGAUUUUCUGUCUGUAAACAAUUGUUGGAAAAAUGUCUUGUGUCAUGCACAAAGUAGAUGUCCUAACCGACUUGCCAAAACCGUAGUUUGUUAACAAGAAAUUUGUGGAGUGGUUGAAAAACGAGUUUUAAUGACUCCAACCUAAGUGUAUGUAAACUUCCGACUUCAACUGUAAUAUCACUAUAAUCCGAGUAUUCGGAAGGUACUUUUAUUUCAGCGUAUUUCAAUUGCACAAAAUAAAGUUAUCUUUCUUCUCUUUCUUGUGAUGUAACUGCCGAGACGAUGCGUUAAAUCCCAGACGAAGUGUUAGCAUUUUUAUAGAUGCAACAGAAAGCCGAUGUAUUCCAUUGAGCCCAUUUCAGCCAUUACCGGAGUGUGUUUGGCAGGUCAUUACAAAGGUUUCCCCAGUCAUUACAUUAACGGGAAAAAACUAAUGGCACAAGCAAGAGUUGGAAAGAGUCACCAGAGUAAAAUGAAAGAAAUCAAUCCAGAUUUAAGUGGAUUUUGCACUCCUCAAACACAGGAAAUGGAAAGGUCCUCAGGUGGGCAGUGCAUGCACGUUGCUAACCAGAGCACUAAUCCCCUUUUCUCACAAUGACACUGGAGAAGAAGACGCCAGGCUGCAGACAAACAGAGCCUGAUACUUGGAGGCUGGCGCCACUAUGGGAUUAAAUGUGUUUCUAUCUGUGAUCUCACACUGUCCCUACAGUACUAUACGUCACACACAUCUACUGGUUGAGACACAAUAUGGGAUUGUACGGUUGUUACGAUGAAGCUGAUUAGUGAGCUACUGUAUCUGUUUAAGUCAUCUCGUAGAAAGCAUACGUUACGUCACCCUUGUUAGAGAUUGCUCUGAUUCCAUAUUUAAGGGAUAAACCAUCUCGUCUUGCAGACUGAGACUUCCUGCUUGGUGGCAGUGGAUUGUUCUGUUGUGACAUUAUGAAUGGUGGUGUAGUGUUUUGACAGAUCUCUCAUUGUGUGAGAUUUAUACCCUGUGGCUGUGCCCCCAAUCCCUUCUCUCUGUGGAGGCCAGGGCCAGGCUGCUUAAUCUAGUUGGGACUGGCACUGUGUUACACUGAGAAUUACACAGGACUAGGGGUGACUAGUUUAUUCUAAUGUGCUUACUUUCCCUCUCUCUCUCUCUCUCUCUCUCUUUCCCUCUCUCUUUCUCCCACUCUGAUUUACCCUUUCUAUCCCACUCCCCUCUCUCUCCAUCUUUUCUCAUGCUUUCAUUCUUUAUUUUUGCUUUUGUAUCUCCCCUCCUACACUAUUGGUUUCUCUCUUGGUUUCUCUCUUGGUUUCACUCUUGGUUUCACUCUUGGUUUCACUCUUGGUUUCUCUCUUGGUUUCUCUCUUGGUUUCACUCUUGGUUUCACUCUUGGUUUCUCUCUUGGGUUCUCUCUUGGGUUCUCUCUUGGUUUCUCUAUUGGGUUCUCUCUUGGUUUCUCUCUUGGUUUCACUCUUGGUUUCUCUCUUGGUUUCUCUAUUGGGUUCUCUCUUGGGUUCUCUCUUGGUUUCUCUCUUGGUUUCACUCUUGGUUUCUCUCUUGGUUUCUCUAUUGGGUUCUCUCUUGGGUUCUCUCUUGGUUUCUCUCUUGGUUUCACUCUUGGUUUCUCUCUUGGUUUCUCUAUUGGGUUCUCUCUUGGGUUCUCUCUUGGUUUCUCUCUUGGUUUCACUCUUGGUUUCACUCUUGGUUUCUCUCUUGGUUUCUCUCUCAUUUUCCCUCUUUCUCUCCACCUCUCUCUCACACAGAUAUCAAUGAGUGUUUGAUGUCCACCCGUACCUGUCAGAUGAACGAGAGAUGUGUGAACACGGCUGGUAGUUUUGUGUGUCAGCGUCAGAUCACCUGUUCUCUGGGUUACCAGAUCAACAACGACGUCUGUGAAGGUAUGGAGACAGUACUGUAGCUGCAACCUGUAGCAACACCCAAAGCAUUCACUCUCCAGUAGACCCAUGUAUAGUUGUAACUAGUAGCAACACAACAACUGGUGUGUAUUAAUUUGACCUUUCACAAUGUGAGGAAAGCACAUUGUUUAGUUUUACAAUCACAGUUGCCACCCAUGGGAGUGACUACGAGUCAGAGAUUGGGAGCUGCCAAUUAGAUCUUGAGCCAUGCUUCAUGUAAGCCAUAGUAUAGUAAUUACACAAUUUCUCAACUGACCACACAAACAAGUCUAUUUGAUGCUGAAUAUGAUUACAGACUAGGUAUUAGAAUUAGGUUUUACCCUCUUUACGAAGAUCUCACUUGACUUGUGUUUAUGUCGGUGGAGAAACCUCACAGCCUUUCUCAUUAUUUCCAUUGCCCACACUUGGCAGGAUACGCUAACGCUGGACUUCUACACACAGCCAGUGUGCUCUGAGAUAGAGCUGUGAGAUGAGCAAGUUGUUAAAGUCCUUUUGUUGACUACUAGAGGGAAAUGGAGGGAGAGAUGGGUCUCAAUGUGCUCUGGUGGAGAGUGCUCUGGGCUUCAACGUAAAUGAAACUCGCACAGCAAUGAGUCAACCAAAUUAGCAUUUAAACACAGUGCUCAUAACAGCUGCCACUUGCGACGGCUGGUUGGAGUGUGGGAUGGAGACUGUGUUGUUAUGUUUCUACUCCCCUUUCAAUUCCCUGCCCAUUACUUCACAUCGACCAAACUCCCCUCUCAUCGACUGAAGUCCCCUCCCCUCCCACAUCUUACAAAGAGAGCAAAUUCUCUCCUCACUGAAUUCUCUCUUCACUGCUUACUCCAGGAGUUGAUUGUCUUCCCCAAUUUCUUAGCCAAUAAUUGCUGUCCCUGCUUGGGUAGAGUGAACUCCCUGGCCUCUGUGAGGUUGUCGAGCCAGCUCCCUCCUCGAUUUGUCAUGAGCCAAUUACCUUCCUACAGUAUUGCUUUGACUGCGACUGAGCACCCUGCCAAUCUCUCACACGUUUAUUCCUGUCCCUGGCCGCUGUCUCUCUCUGUCUCAGAAUGUCUGGGUCUGUCUGAGCUUCACUCAGUCCUGUGCCAGCCGUGCCAGGCAAGUGUCAGGACCAGGAUGGUCUUAAUGUGCUAGUUGAAGCCCUGCCCUAACCAGGGGCCAGGAUGGUCUUAAUGUGCUAGUUGAAGCCCUGCCCUAACCAGGGGCCAGGAUGGUCUUAAUGUGCUAGUUGAAGCCCUGCCCUAACCAGGGGCCAGGAUGGUCUUAAUGUGCUAGUUGAAGCCCUGCCCUAACCAGGGGCCAGGAUGGUCUUAAUGUGCUAGUUGAAGCCCUGCCCUAACCAGGGGCCAAGCUGAGGCAUUAGCAUGGUACACACUGUAUGAUGUCCCUACAGGGAUCAUAGAGCCUCACAGACAUACAGUAUGUGUGGCUUCAUGGACAGAGGAAGACACACACACACACACACACACACACACACACUUGCUUUCUGCAUGCAUGCACACACACACACACAUACAGAAGUUAGCUCUCUAAGCCCUGUUUAUGACAGAUGUGAUUUCCCUGCAGUGAUAAGGCUCUGUACAACAGCAGAUGUGUCAGGAUGAUUGACAUUAGGGGAAUCCCAGUGUAGACAGGUGGAAGAGCUGUAAGAAGCUGUGCUCUGGGGGAACUCACUGCUCUCACUGCUCUCUACUGUCACAGACACAAACACCAGAGAAUAGGAAGACUAAUGCACAUAACUAUCAUCUGACUCACUGGAGAUAAUUCAUCAUGUAGAAAUAAUAAGCUAUAUCUGCUGUAGUGCUAAUGAAAUGAGGAUGAUUGGUGGGGGGAACAUUCCUAGGAUCCUCUCUGAAGUUGGAGAAUUAACCUUUUUGCUGUUGAUUGUUUUCUUAAAGGGGAGGGAGAGUGUUUAAAUAGAUCUAUGUGAAAUUAUUUAUCGGGUAAUUCAAGAGCGCUGUAGCUGAUGUCUCAAGGCCACAGUAACACAGUGACACCCAGUGGUUACAGUAGACAUUACACGCUAACAGGCUUGCAACAUAUGAGUUUUGCUUCUCCUCUAAGCAACUUAAUGGAUUACAAUAGAUUGAUUACAAACUGACAAUAGUUCACCAACCAAACUUGUUUUUAAAUAAUUGGUCAUAUAUUAGGUUUAAUUUCUAGCAUGCAUCCUGUUUAUUCCUGUCUCUGUCUACAGAUGUUGAUGAGUGUUUUCAGGGGACUCAUAACUGUGGGCCAGGCUUUGAGUGUGUGAACAGUGAGGGCUCGUUCAGGUGUAACGCCAAACCUCGCUGCUCCAUGGGCUUCACACAGGACACACAUGGGAACUGCAUUGGUAAGAGGGGCUGUCGGGACUAACUGGGCUGGGCUGGUUAAUAGUAUGAUUGUAACAUUAUGAACAUAACUGUAGAAGUGUGUCAAUAUAAAUGUAAUGCUAUACCCAGACCAGACCAGGUAAAGAGGGGUUGAAUGCCAUACAGAUAGUGGGGUUUAAACCAACACCCAGCAGGCCAGACCAUGUAAAGAGGGGUUGAAUGCCACACAGGAGGGGGAUCAGAGGGGAGCAGAGCACAGCACAGUGGGCUGCAGUGGGGCGGAUGAAAGCCAACCCUCCUCCAGUCAGUACAUUCUGAUGCUGAGGAAUGAGCCUGGGGGACAGAAACUGGGGCAUGUCGAGGCAGUUCUGAACCACUGAAAAACAGUCAAAGGCAGGGUUAGAAGAUGAGAAAAUAUAGGGAAACACACACACACACCAAAAUGAUCUCAGGGAAUGGGAGUGUAUGAUGUGCGACUGCCUCUGAGGAACACAAUGUGACUAAAUGGCUGCCAUCUCUCUCUGACUCUGUCCUCUCUUUCGCCCUGUCCUCCCGUGGUCCUCUGUUCUUCCUUUUCAAUCUUCCCUUCUCACCCCGUCCCUCCCUCCCUCCCUCCCUCUAUGUCUCCAACCCUCUCUCUUCCCUCCCUCCCUCCCUCCCUCCCUCCCUCCCUCCCUCCCUCCCUCUAUGUCUCCAACCCUCCCUCCCUCCCUCCCUCCCUCCCUCCCUCCCUCCCUCCCUCCCUCCCUCUAUGUCUCCAACCCUCUCUCUUCCCUCCCUCCCUCCCUCCCUCCCUCCCUCCCUCCCUCCCUCCCUCCCUCCCUCCCUCCCUCCCUCCCUCCCUCCCUCCCUCCCUCCCUCCCUCUAUGUCUCCAACCCUCUCUCUUCCCUCCCUCCGUCCUCCCUCCCUCCCUCCCUCCCUCCCUGUCUCCAACCCCUCUCUCUUCCCUCUGUGUCCUCCCUCCCUCCCUCCCUCCCUCCCUCCCUCCCUCCCUCCCUCCCUCCCUCCCUCCCUCCCUCCCUCCCUCCCUCCCUCCUUCCCUGUCUCCAACCCUCUCUCUUCCCUCUGUGUCCAUCCAUCCACCCUCCCUCCCUCCCUCCCUCCCUCUAUGUCUCCAACCCUCUCUCUUCCCUCUGUCCAUCCUCCCUCCCUCCCUCCCUCCCUCUAUGUCUCCAACCCUCUCUCUUCCCUCUGUCCAUCCUCCCUCCCCACCUCUAUCCUCCUCUCCAUCCAUCAGACAUAGAUGAAUGUGGUGUAGUGGGCCAACCCUGCAGUCCUGGCUUUAACUGUAUCAACACUGUGGGAUCCUACAGCUGCCAGAGGAAGAUCAUCAUGUGUAGCCGUGGUUACCAUGCCAGCCCAGACGGAGCCAGGUGCAUAGGUAAGAGGAGGAGAGGUAUAGAGAUCUGUGGAGUUUUCAUUUCCAUGGUUAAUACCAUCAACAAGCCUUUAAUAGAGAUGGUUGACAUUGAGCCACAGUACCCACUCUGUAUCUCUCCUCUCUUCCUCACUUCCUGUGUCCAGAUGUGGAUGAGUGUCAGAGUGCUCUGCACCACUGUGGGGAGGGACAGAUUUGCCACAACCUGCCCGGCUCCUACCGCUGUGACUGCCAGACGGGCUACCAGUAUGACAUGUUCAGGAAGACUUGUGUGGGUAGGUACUGUGUGGGUAGGUACUGUGUGGGUAGGUACUGUGUGGGUAGGUACUGUGUGGCCUACUGACCUCAAGAGGAGAAGCUCUCCCUUUUCACUUUUUUAUUUCAAUACAAAUCUUUGUCAGUGUAGUUCUGGGUGGUUUUGGUAGGCUAGUUGAAAUAUGGAUGACAAUUUUAGGAAAAUGGAAAACAUUUCCAGAUGCUGCUCUCACUCUUUCUCUCUCCCCUACUUGUCUCUCUCGCAGGCAGCUCUCUCCUGCUGCAGUUAGUCUCCCAGGCAGCUCUCUCCUGCUGCAGUCUUAACUCCUGCUGCUCUGAUUUGUUCCUUUGGGCUGCAGUUAGCCAGUCAGUCAGCCAGUCAGCCAGACAGUCAGUCAGUCAGUCAGUCAGUCAGUCAGUCAGCUGGUCAGCUAGUCAGCCAGCCAGCCAUUAUCUGCAGAGGACAGUGUGCUGAUUCACUGGUACGUGACUUUAAUAAUAAUGAACUCCAGUGGCGUGUUUAGACUUAUCAGCAGGCAGCUGGCCCCUCCACUUCCAACCCCUAUUCACACACACAUACACACACUAAGAUGAUGCACACACACACAUACAUAUGUUUUGUAUACUCACACUCACAAUCUCACUCUCACACUCACACCCACACUCACACUCACACUCACACACUCACACUCACACUCACACACACAUGCACAUUCUCUCUCUCUCACACACAGACACACACACUAAUUCAUGCACACACACAUGUUCACACUCUCCCCCCACUCUCUUUAGAUGUGAAUGAGUGUUGGCGUUACCCUGGCCGCCUUUGUGCCCAGACCUGUGAGAACACCCCGGGAUCCUAUCAGUGUUCCUGCACCGCUGGGUUCAGCUUAUCCAGGGAUGGCAAGAACUGUGAAGGUGUGUGUGUGUCUGUCUGUCUGUGUGUGGGUGUGUGUCUGUCUGUCUGUGUGUGGGUGUGUGCCUGUCUAUCUGUGUGUGGGUGUGUGUGUCUGUCUGUCUGUGUGUGGGUGUGUGUCUGUCUGUCUGUGUGUGGGUGUGUGUCUGUCUGUCUGUGUGUGGGUGUGUGUCUGUCUGUCUGUGUGUGGGUGUGUGUCUGUCUGUGUGUGGGUGUCCUGCAACACCCCCAGCAGGACAGAGAAGGCUUUUGUUCCCCCGUCACAACUCUAGGGGACUGUGAGAUUGGACUGAUAGGACAGUAGUGGAUGUUGGUGGAGAGACAUAGAGACACAGACAUAUGUUGCAUUCUGUGGCAUCAUGGACGUCAUGACAGUGUUUUAGGAGUAUUUUUUCCAUCUUUGAAUGUCUUACAGAUGUGAAUGAGUGUCUAACCAACCCCUGCAGUCAGGAGUGUGCCAACAUCUACGGCUCCUACCAGUGUUACUGCAGACAGGGUUCCUACCUGAGGGAGGAUGGACACACUUGUGAAGACAUUGAUGAGUGUGCCCAGAGCAUUGGCCACCUGUGUUCCUUUAAGUGUGUCAACGUCCCAGGGAGCUACCAGUGUGCCUGUCCCGAGUACGGUUACACCAUGUCCCCCAACGGACGCUCCUGUAGAGGUGAGGACACACUUAUACACACAUUACAUACACAUAAUACACACACACAUACUGUACACACACACACACACACAAACACAUUACCUCUGAGCUGACUAUGGUUUGGGUUACAGACAUAGAUGAGUGUACCAUCGGGGCCCAUAACUGUUCCUUGGCUGAGACCUGCUACAACAUCCAGGGAGGCUUUCGCUGUCUGUCCUUCAAUUGUCCACAGAACUACCGCAAAUCCUCUGACAUGUAAGUGACUGUAUCUCAACUAAUCCAUUAUCCCAGGACUCCUUGGAAAAGAGAGGAACUACAGUUGAAUUGAAGAAUUUUAAUCUUAUGUGUUGUUGGAAAAGUUCAAACAACAAUGAAUGGGCAUUUUCACAGGUAUUUUCAUGUUGCCCUCUGGGGCUGGCAAACUGUGCUCUCUUGAUUUUCUCAAAGUUCUUUUGAGGUUUUUCUCCAAUCUAGUGGAGUGUACGAAGGAAGGAACAAUGUUUCCCUUGAGGGGAAUGUGUCAGGCUGGGUAAUCUGAUCAAAGCUGUGAAACAGAACGGCCACAGUGGACACAGAGGCCAUGAUAGAUCAGCUAGGAUUCAGAAGAGCUGUCUGGGAUCGCAUUAUUGAGUUUAUGGCUUUAUUUCUCUUCUAUCUUAUUCUGAAAUGACCUGGAAAAACAGUCAUGUUUUGCCUAUACGAUUCUGCCCAUUUGACUGUUAUUAUUUAUGAUGUGUUGAAUCCAUGACUCUGACUCUCUGGCUCAUGUUUUGACUGUUCUCAUUCUGUGAGUCUGUCUUUUUCAUUCUGAUUAAUAUCGUUUUUCACUAUAGUGAUUCUAUGUGAUUCUGACUCUCUCAUUGGCUGGUCCUCUAGGCGCUGUGAACGACAGAGCUGUCCCAACUUCCUGGACUGUCAGAACUCUCCUCUCAGGAUCACCUACUACCAUCUGAGCUUCCAAACCAACAUUGUCAUCCCCGCCCAGAUCUUCCGCAUCGGCCCCUCCCCCGCCUACUCCGGGGACAACGUCAUCAUCAGCAUCACCCAGGGCAACGAGGAGAACUACUUUAGCACGCGGAAGCUGAACGCCUACACGGGCGCGGUGUACAUGCACAGGCAGGUGCUUGAGCCCCGGGACUUUCUGAUCGAUGUGGAGAUGAAGCUGUGGAGACAGGGCACCUUCACUACGUUCCUGGCCCGGAUCUACGUCUUCAUCACGGUCAACUCACUCUAACAGACUGGCCCCCAGCCUCACCCUACUUUCACCCUUGUCCCACCCCCCUCAAUGGACAGCCCAUUCCCUUCUACCCCCAUAGCCCUACCCCUCAAUGCACAGUAUGAAUUUUGACAAUAAUUCAACAGUCAACAUCAAUAAUCUUAAUAGGUGACCUCCAAGUUAGUCUUCAGCACAGCCCUGCAUUUGUUUCCUAUCAUAUUGACCAUCUAGGACACCAUUUGCCCAGUUUUAUACCACACUGAUGAUAUCAAAAGUAGUUUUGCACUGUUC